AUGGAAGCUCUCAACCUCUACUAUACUACUGCUUAUAGCGAUGGGCUUGAACCAGAACAGUUCCGAAAAAUGUUUAUUGGUGGUUUGUCAUCAACUACAACUGAUGAAGCUUUGAAAGAAUUUUAUUCUCAGUGGGGUGAGUUAGUGGAUUGUAUAGUGAUGAGAGAUCCAGCAACAAAACGUUCACGAGGAUUUGGAUUCGUGGAUGAUGCAAUGGCUGCUCGGCCUCAUGUGAUUGAUGGGAAAACGGUGGAUCCAAAGAGGGCUGUACCACGUGAUCAGUCUUCACGUAGUGAAGCAAACGUUUCGUCCAAACGUUUGUAUGUUUCGGGUGUUCGUGAAGAACACACUGAGCAAAUGUUCGAAGAUUAUUUUAAUCAGUUUGGUAAAGUACUGAAGGUCGAAAUUAUAGGCGAUAAAAAUACCGGAAAACCGCGAGGAUUUGCCUUUAUUUCUUUCGAUGACUAUGAUCCAGUAGAUAAAUGCGUAUUACAGAAAAGUCAUCAUAUUCAUAAUUAUCGUUGUGAUGUAAAAAAAGCUUUGAGUAAGGAGGAAAUGACGAAGGCUCAGCAGUUAGAUCGAGAACGUACAGAAAGAAUGGGACGUUCGCGAGGUACAGGCAGAUUUGAUCGUUAUGCUGCUGGACCUGGUGGUUAUGGUGGAGGAUGGGGUGGUCCACCUGGUGGUCAGUGGGGACCACCUUCAGGUGGUGGUGGAUAUGGUGGUGGCUAUGGAGGAUAUGGUCCACCAAGUGGAGGAUGGGGUGCCAGUGGUACCUGGGGUGCAGCUGCUCAAGGUGCUUGGAACAGUUCAUUACCAGGCUGGAAUGGUAACACUAGUGGUGGACAAGGUGGUUGGCAAGGAGGUGGUAAUGGGCAACCCUGGGGUGGAUCUGCUGGAAAUUCUGGUCAUGGUAGUUGGGGUGGUCGAUCAUACUAA